UGUAGUCUCUGGAAAUUAGAUGGAGGCGGUAAAAGAUACGUAUUGCUAUUCGCCGGAAUCCAUCGGAACCCCAGGAAUAUGGGGUGUAAAUGUUUUCGACUACAUGCUUCCUGUCUUUAUUGGUCAAUUGCUUCUAGUGAUCUUCAUCACCCGAGUGGUCUCAUUCCUUCUUAAGCCCCUACGGCAGCCCAAAGUCAUCGCUGAGACUAUUGCCGGCAUGCUGCUGGGUCCAUCAUUUCUUGGGAAUUUCUUCAACGAAGCAUAUGAUCUUAUGCCGGACCAGAACUACGUGCUACUGGACACGGCGGCCAACUUCGCCCUCACCUACUAUAUGUUCAUGGUGGCCGUCGAGCUGGACGUGCGCACCAUCCGGGGGAUGGGGAGGAAGGUGCUGAUCAUCGCGGUGGUCGGCAUGGUCCUCGCCUUCGUCGUCAGCUUCACCUCUGCCUACGCCCUCGGCCUCCGCCCCGACAUCGUCAUCAAAAUGCCCGGCUUCCCUGAUCCCCCCGCCAACUCCCGCGCCGACGAGAAGGUGACGCCUUUCCUCCUCUUCUUCAGCCUCGCCGUCUCGGUCACCGGCUUGCCUGUCCUCACUCGUAUAAUCACCGAGCUCAAGCUCCUCAACUCGCCGCUCGGUCCCCUCUCGAUGGCCUCCGCCAUCCUCAACGACAUGUUCGCCUGGAUCCUGCUCGCCGUCACGCUGGCCGCCACCGGCGGAAAGGAUGGCAAGUCGGUCUCGUUGCUCGUGCCGCUGUGGGUCACCCUCGCGGGCGCCGCGUUCGUGCUCGUGUGCUUCUACGUGGUCCGGCCAGGCAUCGCGCGGAUGGCGCGGCGGACGCCGGAGGGCGAGCGGAUGAGCGACUUCCACCUCGGGAUCAUCCUGGCCGGCGUGCCGGCGACCGGGUUCCUUUCCGACCUCAUCGGGAUCCACAGCAUCUUCGGCAGCUUCAUCUACGGGCUCGCGGUGCCCAACGGGCCGCUCACCGCGCAUUUGAUCGAACGGAUGGAACCGUUCCUGGAGAACAUGCUGCUGCCGCUCUUCUUCGCCAACAGCGGGUUCAGGACCAACAUCUUCACCAUCCUGCCGCUGUGGGCCAUCUCCAGCUUCGCCGCCGUCGUCGUCCUCUCUACCUUGGCCAAGGUCGUGGGCACCAUCAUUGUCGCCAUGUUCUAUUCCAUAUCCUUCCGCGAUAGCUUAGCGCUAGGCUUCCUCAUGAGCGUCAAGGGCCCCGUCGAGAUGAUCAUCCUCAACGUCGCCAUUGAUAAAAAAGUCCUCAGGGGGGAUAUGUUCGCGGUGAUACUCGUAACGUCGUUGAUAACGACGGCGCUGGCGGCGCCGGUGGUGACGCUGGCGUACAUCAAGCCGUCGAAGCCGCUGGCGGUGUACCGGCGCCGGAACAUCCAGGGGGCGAGGCCGGACGCGGAGCUCCGGAUGCUGGCCUGCAUCCACAACACCCGCCACGUCCACUGCCUCACCCGCCUCCUCGACGUCUCCAACCCCUCCAAGCGCUCCCCCAUCGUCGUCUACGCCCUCCACCUCGUCGAGGUAGCCGGCCGCGUCUCCUCCAUGCUCAUCAUGCACCCCUCCGCCGGAUACUCCGACCAUGGCCGCCGCCACCGCCCCGCCCUCCCCUACGGCCAGGCCCAGUCCGAGAGCAUCCUCGCCGCCAUCGAGGGCUACGAGCAGCACUCCCCCGGCGUCUCCUUCCAGCCCCUCACCGCUUUCUCCCAGCCCGCCACCAUGCACGAAGACGUCUGCAGCGUCGCCGAGGAGCGCCACGCCUCCCUCAUCGUCCUCCCCUUCCACAAGCAAAUGACCGUCGAUGGCGCCAUGGAGGAGGUCGGCAGCACCGCCGUCCGCCCCGUCAACCUCAACGUCCUCGCCAACGCCCCCUGCUCCGUCGCCAUCCUCGUCGACCGCGGCCUCGGCACCGGCGUCACCUCGCUGUUCCCCGGCGCCCACCGCGCCUCCCACCACGUCGUCCUCGUCUUCAUCGGGGGGCCCGACGACCGCGAGGCGCUCGCCUACGCCGGGCGCAUGGCGGAGCACCCGGCCAUCGUCCUCACCGUCAUCCGCUUCAUCGAGGCGGCCGCGCCGUCUCGGUCACAGUCGAUAUCCUCGGUGACCGACGUGGAGAACGCCGCGGCGCUGCUGGCCGACGCCGAGCUGGAAAAGGAGCGGGACGAGGAGGCGGUGAACGAGUUCCGCCUCCGGUUCGUGAGCGACGAGUCGGUGGUGUUCACGGAGAAGGUGGCGAGCAACGGUGGGGAGACGGUGGCGGCGCUGCGGGAGAUGCGGAGCAGCUACGACCUGUACGUGGUGGGGAGGGGCCACGGGAGGAAGUCGGCGCUGACGGCGGGGCUGGAGGAGUGGAGCGAGAUCCCGGAGCUUGGGCCGAUCGGCGACCUACUGGCCUCGUCGGACUUUGGGGCGAAGGUGUCGGUUCUGGUGGUGCAGCAGUACGUGGAGAAAGAGCUGGCCGAGGCCGAUUGGGAGGCGUUGGGGCACAACGGCCCGAGCAACGCCAACCGCCAGCAGCGCGCGAGCGGCUUCAACAGCGGGUGGAAUUAAGGGCUUAAGAGCUUCAGGAACAACAAAUCUUGAAUGAGAUCCGAAUACAUUUAUUCCUCGCCGGGAGCUCAUAUGAUUAAACAAAGAGAUUCGAAUAUGAGCAUUUCAUGCUAUAUCUGCGCUUGGAAUUUAAUUCAAGCUCUUCUUGGGUCUGGUCGUUUCUCUUUUUUUAAACUAAGGUAGGUUUUGUAAUGUAUUUUUUAUGGUAAAUAAUGCUUUGUAAGUGAAGUUUACGAUAAAGAAAUGAUAACAUAUGGAAGGAAGAAGAAAGUGAUAGAUAUACCAAUA